UCUACAAAGAUUUGGUCUGAAGCACAACUUCUUCUGAACGCUGACUGUUGAUGGCGUCACCUCCUACCUGUCCGGACAGGUGAGGUGUUUGUGGAGGCCCCUUCGUGUUCGCUCAUUGUCCUUUCAGGUCGUGCGCAGCUUUCUGCUCGCUCGUCCGGUUUCAGCGUCGUCUUCCCCCCUGAUGACAGAGAUGUCCGGCUAUUGGCCGAGAACGAGAGGGCACGUCAUCUCCAUCAAUCAGGGGGGACUGCAUGGUUCUCCUCUGAGGAAUGUCCUCGCUCCCUGCACGCCCCGUCCAGCCGCCUGACCGUGUGGCUCUGGACGCAAGAGAGGCCGGGCAUGAACUGCACUCCCGUCCAAUGAUUAUGCAGGGGAAAGGUGAUAAUGACAUCCUAUCAGGAGGGGAAAGCAGCCCCCAGCUCUUUGCAAAAGAGGUCACGGUGCUGGACCCGGGCGGCAGGUCUAAUCCUGAACUCGAGGUGGACGCAUCUCCUGGAUUUUAUUUGCCUCUGUGCGCCCCUUCGGACAACAGUGCGCCCCCCCUCCCUCUCCCACCACAAUGUGGAGAGCCAGAGUGGCUCCCCACACCGGCCUCCCCGCACUCCUCCAGCGUCACCUGGAGGUGCGUGGCAAAGGGGUCGAUCGCCGAGACGCAUCACUGCUACUUUGGGUCACUUACAGAAGAACUUGGCUCCUCUUUUAACUCUGGAGCCGCGGAGGGAUGCUUGGACUGUGGAGCUGCUUUGGACAACAGGAGCAACAAAACUUUUGAGUGGAUGAGGGUGAAAAGAAGUCAACAUCGAACAAGCAGGAUGCACAUGACCUGUGGUGGCUUCAGUGCGGGCCUCUGCGUGGAGGAGGUUGGAAGCCCGGCAGAGCGCAAAGCCGCGAACGGGGCCCCAAGGACUAGCUUCAGCACCAGGCAGCUGACCGAGCUGGAGAAGGAGUUCCACUUCAACAAGUAUCUGACCCGGGCCAGGCGGGUGGAGGUGGCUGGCACCUUGCGGCUCAGUGAGACGCAGGUGAAGGUUUGGUUCCAAAACAGACGCAUGAAGCAGAAGAAACUGCGGCGGGACCGGCUGCUCUCGGACGCCCGGCUUCCUCUGCAGGACGGGCCCGGCCAGGAGGACUGCACCUGUCCCUGAACUUCUGAACCGUACCCGAGCGUUAGAGAGCGACGGCUCCAGCCAGCCAGCAGAUGUUUUGAUUCGUGUUUGCAUCGUUUGCAAUCAGGCGUCACCUUUAUUUGUUUACCGCGAUGGAUGCUGCACUCCCGACGAGCGCGAUGGCAGGCUCCCUCCACGCAAGAACGGGUGCAAACGAUUUGUCAUUCACCCCGGCUUUCGACUUGAAACUCUGAUUUGAAUAUUAAAAUGAAUGCCAUUCCAUUGCGCUCCAGUGUUCACAAUGUAAACGAAGAUACAAAGUUCUUUAAUUGACCGUGGAAAUCCUUGGGAGGCUAUUUGAUUAUUUUGGACCAUUUACCAGGAGUUGAUUUUACUCGAGCAUGGCCUGUUUUAAUCUGCAGGAACCAGAUCUUUCGUAUAGA